UACCUCACGCCACGUUACCUCUCCAACACAUCGUUGAAAGUCAAUCAGAGCAGUGGAAUCUUAUCAGUGAUCAUAUAUCGCGAUAUGGAACAUGGUAUUUAAGCUCGAAAUUCUAGCAAAGUGAGCAGUAAUCGAUAGAAAAAUUUUAGAGGCAUGGAUCGUUGGGUAGGUAAAGUUGCCGUCGUGACCGGCGCAAGUGCUGGAAUCGGUGCCGCGAUUGCCGAAGCCCUCGUAAAGGAGGGCCUCCUGGUCGUCGGAUUUGCCAGGCGGCAGGUGAAAUUGGAAGUUUUAGCAAAAAGUUUUCACGGUUUGAAAGGAAAGUUUUACGUAAAACAGUGUGACGUAAGCAACGAAGAAGACCUCGUUGCCGCUUUCAAUUGGGUGAAGACUGAACUCGGAGGCAUCGACGUCCUCGUCAACAACGCCGGUGUCAUAAAUUCGCGAAAAUUCUUAGAUGACGAUAUCCCUUCCUUGCGCAAUAUGUUGAACGUAAAUUUCGUGGCCACUGCGAUCGGCACCCAAGAAGCGGUGGCUUCGAUGCGGAGCCGGAAAGUACCGGGUCACAUCAUCAAUAUAAACAGCGUUGCUGGACACGUUACUCCUCCUGUGCCCAUGGCCAUCAGUGCCUACUGCUCGACCAAAUAUGCGGUGACAGCAUUGACCGAGACGGUGAGGAAAGAACUCGCCGCAGCCAACGCUGAAAUCAAAAUAACGAGCCUCAGUCCAGGGUUCGUGGCAACGGAAAUUCUACAGAAGGCAUCAUAUGACGCCACUAUUUUGGAAAAGUUCCGACACGCUCCUCACCUCGAACCUAAGGAUAUUUCCGACGCUGUCGUUUACGUUCUAGGAACCCCGCAAAACGUCCAGAUAACCGAAUUGACCAUUCGACCCCUGAACGAGGCGAUGUAGUAAAACCCAAGCUGCGGAUUUGACGAGGAAUUCGAAAAUGUGCCUAACUAUUGUGCCCACUGUAAGACGAUAAAUAAAAGUACCUCCGCAAUAAAA